AUGAGGAGGCUCUCUUGGGCCACCUUCCUUCUCUACCUCCUCACCACUCUCUCCUCCCCCUCCAAUGGAGCGGACACCUUGACACUUGACCACCCCCUCGCUGACGGCGGGCAAACCUUGAUCUCGAAGGACGGCAGCUUCGCGUUGGGCUUCUUUAGCCGCAACGGUUCUGACAGCCGCUAUAUCGGGAUAUGGUACCACAAGAUCUCAGUCCAAACGGUGGUGUGGGUCGCCAAUCGCCAGCGUCCUGUCACCGGCAGCCAUGGAAGCCUAUCCGUGGCGGCCAACGGAACGCUCGUCAUCACCGGCGAGAAGUCGACCGUCGUCUGGUCCUCGCCGUCGCUCGGGCUUUCGGACCCGGUGGCGCAGCUCCUCGACGAUGGGAACUUUGUCGUCAGGGAGAGGGAUGGUAAUCCUAGUGAUCCGAACAGCUUUGCGUGGCAGAGCUUCGACUACCCGACCGACACGCUCCUGCCGGGCAUGAAGCUCGGGUGGAAUCUGACGACCGGGUUCAACCGCCAGCUCACGUCGUGGACGAACGCUAGCGACCCGGCGCCGGGCGAGUACACCUUCGGCAUCGAUCUGCGCGGCGACCCCCAGGCCUUUGAAUGGUCAGGGACGAGCGCAGUGUGGCGCGGUGGCCCAUGGAACGGGCUACAGUUCACUGGCGUCUCAAAGAUGACGUCCUACAAAAUGCUCUCGUUGCAGUUCGUCGUCGACGCCACCCAGGUCGUCUACGUCUUCCACACGAUCGACGCAUCGAUCGUCUCCAGUCUGGUCAUGAACCACUCCGGCACCCUUCAGAGGCUGCUGUGGGUCGACGACAGCAAGUUCUGGAACCCUAUCUGGUACUUCCCAAUGGACCCAUGCGACACCAUCUUCCCGUGCGGCCCCAACGCCGUCUGCGACACCAGCAGGUCGCCGCUGUGCGGCUGUCCGCAUGGGUUCCAGCCGAAGAAUCCGACCAACUGGGAAUUAAGGGACGGCUCCGACGGGUGCGUGAGGAAGACGGAGGUGGACUGCCGGAACGGGACCGACGGGUUCGUCUUAGUGAGCGGCGCGAAGCUACCGGACACGUCGAACUCGACGGUGGAAUGGGUCGGCACGACCCUGGACGAGUGCAGAGCUAAGUGUUUGAAGAAUUGCUCGUGCACGGCCUACGCACAAGCCAACAUCAGCGGGAGCGGCAGCGGGUGCAUACUAUGGAGUAGUAAUCUCACAGAUCUGAGGGUGUUCGGCAGUGGAGGACAGGAUCUCUAUGUCAGGGCGGCGGCCGCCGAUCUAGGUAUGUACAGCUCGGUCUCGCUUAGUUUGGAUCGCUGGCCGCGGGAAGCCCGCAGUCGCCAGCAAUUAGGGGCUGAAGCCUGUUAGCGUCGACCAGAGAGACGGGUGAUGGCGAGGGUUAGCCAUGAUCGAUUGCUUUAUGAUUCAUAAUAGGGAGGGCUGUAGCCAUGAUUCGCUGCUUUGAGUCAGUCUCAUGUAGAGAAUCAAAUAUAGUG